CGUGACGGUUGGACGCGGGUGCGGCACUGCGGGUCCCGAUUGCUGCAGCCGCUUGUCAGUGUGAUGAAGAUUGGCACCCAGGUUUCCUGUGUUUGCAUUUGAAAGAUUCUACCCAGCUUGAAGCUUCUCAUCAAGAGUUCUUCAAAGUCCUCCGUUGUGCUAACGAUUCAUUUUUUACUUUGUAGGAUUAGUUCUGUUUUAAAGGAAUACAGUUGCUUUUGAUUUAAGAUGAUUUGAUGCCUUAUAAUAAAAGCUUCAUUAACCAUGAUGGCUACACAGACAUUAAAUAUAGACAGCUAUCAAGAUGGUCAACAAAUGCAAGUAGUAACAGAAUUUAAAACUGAGCGGGAGCCAAACUGUUCUGACCCUGAUGCAGAAGGAGUAAGCCCUGCUCCUGUGGAGUCCCAGACACCGAUGGAUGCAGAUAAGCAGGCCAUUUAUAGACAUCCACUCUUCCCAUUAUUAGCAUUAUUGUUUGAAAAAUGUGAACAAUCUACACAAGGCUCAGAGGGCACAACUUCUGCCAGUUUUGAUGUAGAUAUUGAAAAUUUUGUUAGGAAGCAAGAAAAGGAAGGAAAGCCUUUUUUUUGUGAAGAUCCAGAAACUGAUAAUUUGAUGGUAAAAGCAAUACAGGUUCUACGUAUACAUUUACUCGAGCUUGAAAAGGUUAAUGAACUCUGUAAAGAUUUCUGCAGUCGCUAUAUUGCUUGUCUAAAAACUAAAAUGAACAGUGAAACUCUGUUGAGUGGAGAACCAGGAAGCCCUUAUUCCCCUGUGCAACCUCAGCAAAUUCAAAGUGCCAUCACAGGUACACUCAGUCCCCAAGGGAUAGUGGUGCCGGCAUCAGCAUUGCAGCAAGGAAAUGUAACCAUGGCAACAGUGGCAGGUGGCACAGUAUAUCAACCUGUUACAGUGGUCACUCCACAAGGUCAAGUUGUGACACAGGCAUUGUCACCUGGAACCAUUAGGAUCCAAAAUUCACAGCUUCAGUUACAGUUAAACCAAGAUCUCAGCAUCUUGCAUCAAGAAGAUGGCUCAUCUAAAAAUAAAAGGGGAGUUCUGCCAAAGCAUGCUACAAAUGUUAUGAGAUCUUGGCUCUUUCAGCAUAUAGGGCAUCCCUAUCCAACAGAAGAUGAGAAAAAGCAGAUUGCAGCUCAGACCAACCUGACACUACUCCAAGUUAACAAUUGGUUUAUCAAUGCCAGAAGACGAAUUCUCCAGCCAAUGUUGGAUUCCAGUUGUUCAGAAACUCCAAAAACAAAGAAAAAAACAGCUCAGAAUAGACCAGUUCAAAGAUUCUGGCCUGACUCUAUUGCAUCAGGGGUUGCUCAGCAACCACCUAAUGAACUCACUAUGUCAGAAGGAGCUGUUGUGACCAUUACUGCACCAGUUAAUAUGAAUGUGGACAGCCUCCAAUCUCUGUCAUCUGAUGGCGCUACAUUAGCAGUGCAGCAAGUCAUGAUGGGAGGACAGAGUGAGGAUGAAUCUGUGGAUAGCACUGAAGAUGAUGGAGGAGAACUCACAGCAACAAAUAUUAGUGGCCUGGUAUUGGAUAAUAGUGAUUCUCUGCAGUAGGAAGCAAGAGAAUGUGACCAUAGUUAGGGAAAAAAAAUGGACUUCACUGACUUUUUAUAGUUUGCACAGCAAACAUUUUACACAAGUUUUAUUUCUAAUGUUUUAUAUGUAGAUAUAGAAGGGUGCACUUUUUGUAUUUCAUAGUAAGCUUAAACAGUCUUUGCAGGUACAGCAACUUCUUUCAAAUGUGUG